UCGAAGCCAAUCGAACUUCGAAUCUGUGACGCUAAUCGCUCAAAUAUCUCGAUAUGGUUGAACAGCAGGAUCUCACCAAGCCUAUAGUAGAUCCAAUUCUAUUACUCGUUGAAGGUUCGGCCAAGUUACCACCAAGCGUAAACGAUCUGACACCCGUGGACAGUCUAGAAGAGUUCGACAAGGUUUGCACGAUCAAUGUGCGUGCCCUUUUAUCUCAGCAGGAUCUGGACAAAAUCGACAAUGAUCGCCGACUCAAGAAUAGUGAGGAGAACCAGGCAACGAAUGUUAAAGUGAACAAGAAGCAAAAACAAACUCUCUUAACCAAAAUCAACGACCAGUGGAGUUAUGGACCAAUUUCAAUCUUGCAUCGGGCCUUGACGCAGCGUCUUCGUAUUAAGGUGUGGGUGCGAAACCAUACAACAGUUCGGAGUAUUCUGAUUGGAUUCGUGGCAGCUUUCGACAAGCAUUUAAAUAUAGCUUUGGUUGAUGUUGAUGAACUGGUACUGUUGCGCCCGGCAACGAUAAAGUGCCCGACCCUCACUCCUCUCGAACAAUUAACAAAGCUUGAACUACCAGAUCGACGUUUGCUACCGUGCCAGUCCUAGUGCUUUACGCCGUCGUCCGCUAUUACGUGCGCGGUUUUGCGCCUGCUACUAUUGACUUGGCGGUGUGGUACUAGUCAGCUCUGUGUUCACUCAGCGCCGGGCGUGCAUGAAACAAGCCUUCAUCUAGUCCACCAUAGAUGUUGCUAGCUCAGUCAGUCAUCAGACCAUGCGUGGUGGAGUCAUGAUUACGUCUUCCUUGUCGUCUUCUUCUUUUGGUAUGUACUGUAGCUUCUGUUGUUAAACUUUAACUAUCGGAGUAGCGAUAAGAGCCGUUGCAGCAGAAAGAAAGCGAAAAAAGAAAGUGAAUAUAGAAGCAAUUGCCGCGACGCUGACUGCAGCGGCGGUGGCAACAGCCGUCCCACAUUACAAUACUACAUUGUGGCCACAGCAACCGAGGCAGGAAGAAAAGAAAUCCCAACCUAUCUUCGUCCUCAACUUCACCUUUAGCCUCAUCAACGUACUUCAUCUCUUGCCCCACCUUCCUUACUACCUCCUUAGCAUUAUGUUCAACGGUACUACUAGCAAACAAUGUUAUAUACCCUUCAAAGUCUCUAUGUACGGAUUCUAUGUUUCAAUGUGAUCAAUGUUAUGGGUGUGCGUCCAUCAUUUCGUGUGUAAACGUACGCAUGUACGUUUUGCUCUAAACAGAAUCUGUCAUCAUAUUAUUAUUAGCAUCUAGUCUAUCCGUAGCAGCAUAGGCGUCACUUUUGUAUGGCCGCUAGUGAAGUGUAGGGGGUUUUGGGGGAAGCAUGACUUAACAGUGAAAGCAAACACAGGGGGAAAGAAACACAGGAAGAAAGAAACACAGAGAAAGCGAGUGAGCGAGGGAGCGAACAUAUGAAUGAAUUACUGAACAAUUACUGGCCUCGGAUUCGCUACGUUGCCGCCAUACAAGCGCUAGAGCUGAUUGCAAUAUAUCUUGAUUUUGGUGCCGUUACUGCCAUUGUCGCUAGCCGCGAAAAAAGUCUGGCGCGCGGAAGGGAAACUGGUUUCAUCUAAACAAGUUACGUAUUUGCGUAGCGAUUUAACUUGCGGAGAACAAAAAGGAGUAACAAACAUCCGCCGAAACAUAUUGUUUACCUAACGCAGUUGUAAUUAAGCAUGAAGACAUGCUUGUAAGAAAACGUAAGCGUUAGCCAUUCCACUGAAUCCAGAUCUGUGUUUUCGCUUCUCUGGUACCUUAUUUAGGUAAUGGAUAAAAAUGUAGCUAGAUUAUGUCCAUUACAAACUUCGAACGUAUAAGAGUUGAUUCGUUGUUCAAGCGUAAAUCUAUAGUCUAUUUACACCGCCAUAUUGAGGCAGAAGUCACCAUAGGUAUCAUUAACUAGUACGGACAAUACUGAUACAUUAACAAUAGCUGGAACUAUAUUUUCAAGCAUUAUAUUUACGUUGAACCAUAUGGAAAUGACGAACAGAAGACAAAGAAGAAUUUCAAAGCUUUAAGCCUAUCCUUCACAUAUACGCUAUUGCCGUAGAGUUGACUGUAGACAGACUAGAAAAACAUGUUUGCGUUCAAUGCUUUGAUAUUUUCUUUUUGCACACCUAUAUAACAGACAUAUUUUGUUACUUAGAAAGUCGACGUUUAACUUUACGUUCGUGCCAUCGGACGAUUUUCGAGUGCAUCACAGAUAUGUUCAUCAGGUAAGACCAAGUGUAAAAAAUCUAUCGGGAUAAAAUUUGUAGAUGCAUUGCACGGGGCAUCAUCGUCGGUAGCAGCAGUGCCAUUAAUAGUAGCAGCGUCAAACCUGAACGUUUCCGAAACCGCAAGUUUACGUUGAUAACGUUAGGAAAAUUUGGUUGAGUUCAGCCAGCCGAAAAGAGUUGUACCAAAUUAUCUUUAGUUUAAUGCCUACUAAACCAGUUUAAUGCUUAUUCCGAAGCAUUGUUCAGUUGGCAAAACAGGCACUCUUCAAAUACGGAACGGCGGUUAAUAUUAAGGAAUGACGUCAAGUGGAUUUCAAGCGCAAAACUUAGGUCGAAACGGUAUCACGGUUGCGGCAUUUGCCAAUGUCUUAGCAACAUCGUGUCGUCCUCACGAUCCUAUACGAGAGACGUUUGUACUCUUCGCGAAGAACCUAUUUAAGGUUGACAUUUUCACCCUUGUCUUUUGUAAGCAAAAUAUACUUCCCUAAUUAGCCAUAAAAACGCGUUCAGCAUAUGCCGAACAACAUUGAAUACUUUAACAGGAUGGAGCGUGAACUUUCUAAACGGCAACAUGUGCUAUAACAGCUUUUCUUUCUAUCUCUACCUCUAUUGAAAAUAGAAGUUCUACAAAAUAUGGUAACCGAUCAGAGGUUCACCUCUGCAGGAUAGGCAAUAUUCCUCAAACUAUUAAAUUAAGGGACAUAUUCGUUUUUUUCACUUGAAGCCUUCCUACGAUUUUGUCAAGCAAUUGUUGAUCCCAAAUCACGCGGCCCUUAUGCUUGCCAAGUAUGCAUGCGAUAGGGGCGCUGUUCUGGGCUCCUCUGAUGCGGAAUCCAACCGGGACAAAUACUGCACCGAUCAAAAUGGCAGCAUUUCUAUCAUUACUUCUGUUCUAGCUACCCCGGCAAAAAUUUACUAUUAACAAGCAAAUAGGACAGGAUAAUUAUACAGUUGCACAUUAUCUAUUGACAAUAAUAUUUGGGCAGUUUUUCAAGAUGCUCUUCAGUGCGACGUAGUGAUCACGUGACAUGACGGUGCGCACCCCAACUGCGACUGGUAGACCGUUAUCGGUCAGGGUUCGCACAAACCACAAAACCGAAGCUCCUGCUAUUCGAUAUAGGGUCCAUAAUUUCCAAGUUCGUUCUACAAAGCGUCUAUUUAACCUCUACUAGUAAGCGCACCGACACGGCCUUUCGCCUAUUUCAAAGUCUGCUCACCUAGAAAACAAACAGGUAAUGUGCUUUCUUUUUUUUUGUCGACGAUAGAACUGAUGGCGACGACUACAUAUGUGAGGCAGCGGCAAUAUUUGCACUGUAAUAAACAAUAGUUGGGUUCCACCGACGCUGCUGAGCAGGAACGUGGCGCAAGUGGUGAACGUCCUUGACUAACUCCACUGGAGAACAGCUCUUGAAAAGUCAUUCGAUUUAUUCAUUCAAGUGAGGGAUGCUGUGCAAGAAAUACAGCCAUCAUUACCACGUUCCUUAACCGCGAACGUCUUAUAUAACUAAGCUAUCAUUUUUGGUUUGAUCAAACACUUCGCGUAUCCUCUGGCAUCACUGCUCAUCAUUAGGCAGGACGCGUCUGCUUAGAAUGUCUGUGCCCUCGGACUUCUCCUUUUUGAUAAAGUAAGUGUCAUCUAAUUUGAGUCAUUGAAUUACAGGUUCUCAACGUUAAUGCAGGACACGAAGCGAUACGACACGAGUUUUGCGCAAAUAAAAUCUUUAAGAGAGGACACUGAAGAGGUGCCUGGAUGGUUUUGCGAGUUAACGAGAAGAAAAACUAUAGGCCUAUUCAAUUUAGCGGAGACGACGCGUCACGAUCCGCCUGGCGGAAGCGUAAACGAGUCGCUGGGAAAUUGGAAAUACGCAAUAAGUACCACUUGCGUAUGAUUCGGAUUACUGGAAACAUGCACAGCCGUUGCUGGCGACAUGCUCGACCCGGUUCUACAUAGGUUCCCGAACAGGUUUAAUUAUCUUGUCGCAACCUUUUUUGUUUUUUUUAUUGUUUAUUAUUUUGUUAUUCUAUUAGAUGAAAAUAGCGAAUCGUAGGUGCUAGUUUCUUGUCUAAAGCUUUUAGUUUUCUGCUUGUUUAUCUUAUUGUUAACCGCUAUCAUUUCUGACCACUGAUGGGAUAUUAGACCAGUUUUGCUAUUGCCGCUAUCCGAAUAUAGCUACACACUGCUUCGCCAACCUGUAGCAUCGUCUGCCUGCCAGAUGCGUUACCUAUAUUCGGAAAGGAUAGCCAUGUUGUCAGAUGUAUGUAGGUUAAUAUCGAUGCAUCAAUGUGAAUCUACCUGUAAUUAUCGGCCCAAUAUUGCGCUAAUGUCAUAAUAUCAUCAUUAUUUAUGUAUGUAGGAAGGCGCGUUCUUCUUUAUAAAUUAAGAGCUGCUGAUAUUGCUAGCGUAAAUUACUCUGAAGAAAUUGGUAAUUAUUUCGAACAAGGAAGACAUUGCCCAUGAUAUUAUUGGUCUACAUUCAUGUCGACAAAAAUGAUUUGAAGCAAUGCCGCGGCCGCCGCCGCCGCCGCCGCCGCUACUAAAGCAGUCGUAUGUCUCUAGAUUUCUGCUCUAAAAAUACGCAGUAUACUGCUGGACUAAAACGGGAUUUGUGCUUGUUACCAAAACGCAUUCUCUUUGCUAAUCAGUUCGUACUAUCGUUCCAAACGUUACUAACACAAAAAAAAAGUUUCAGCAUUAAAAAAAGCUCACCAGAACUUAUAAAGUCUAUCAAAACGUCUACCCGUGGUGGAUCACAAGCCCGCUAUACAAUGAAUAUCAUUAUGAUCCUAUAUGCACCCUUUGUUUGUAACGAAUUGUUUAGAUAAUAAUAUUUACGUUUAGUGCGCCUACUAUGUGGACAUGUGCCUUUGUAAUACAAUAUGGAAACAGAUAGGUGGUACACUUUCUACGAAUGACAUUAGACGUACAAGUAAAAAACAAUUCUAAUCAGUGUAUAAACAGUUGUUUGCCACACCCGAUUUAUCCAAAAACAAGAGUAGAUAUUGGAUGACAUUACCCAGUGAUUCUUGCCAUGUAACAGUAGAUAUUCCUUUAAGCGAGCGGAAAAAUACAUGGUUAUGGCAGCAUGGA